AUGCGCGAUUUCUAUCACGCGGCCCAUGCGGCUAGGCCAGAGAAGUCAACCCUUCCCAGCAUCCUUGGCCUCACAGCCUCAGUUGAUGUAGCUAAAAUCCCGGAGCUCGAGCAAAACCUGAAUGCAACCUGUCGAGCCCCGUUGGUUCAGCAUCAAGAACUGACGAAGAACGUUCCUUAUCGAAAUCUUACUAAGAUCCUCUUCAUCCAAAGUAACUGUGGCACAGUGGUCCCGCCUUCCUAUCUGGACACACUGGAAGGGACGGUCAUCCAUUUACGUGAACACGGCAAAAUCGAAGGUUAUAGCAUCCCUAGUGAACUCUCUAAGAUCCCUUCGAAAGCGCGUGCUAUUUGGUAUCAUCUAGGUGCGUGGGCUUUACGACACUUCUUGACAAAGAGUCUUCAGCAGGUUGCCCAACAGAUUACUGAACACGAAAACACUUCCUCCGCUCCGUCAUGUAAUCAAAGAUUUAUAGCUUUGAGAGCUGCACUGAACAGUAUUGUGGAAGGUGUUGAUGUCCACCUACAGUCGACUGGCAGCAUUUCUGAUAAAGUAAAACGGCUCCUAUCAUUUUUAAGAGCAAGAGGCCACGCAGAAUUUUCGGGUGUCAUUUUCGUUCGAGAAAGAGUAACCGCUUAUGUCCUAGCGGCGCUGCUUAAUGCCCACCCAUUGACGCAAAGUGCGUUCCGAUGCGCGCCCUGUGUGAGCAGCUCUGUUCGAUGUGAGUCUUUGUCUGUUGAAAGGAACGAAGACGUGAUUCUACAGUUCCGCAGCGGCCUGAAGAAUCUUAUUAUUGCUACCAGCGUGCUAGAAGAAGGUAUUGAUCGUCCAGCAUGCCACCUUGUCAUUUCAUUUGAUACCCCGGACAAUAUUACAUCGUUCAUACAGCGCCGAGGUCGAGCACGACAGGGCCUUUCCGAAUUUGCUGUCAUGGAAGCAAAAGAUGUACAAACAAUUUCCGCGUCUUCAAAGCAAUAUAGCGACCUCGAACUUCAGAUGCAGGGUAUAUGUUUGGACCAUAAACGAAGCCAUCAGGGGUUAGAGGUGGACGACACAGAAUCGGACGAGGUCUUUCUGCAACUACGGUUACACACAGGUGCCCUGCUGACCAGCGAGAAUGCCAUACCUCAUCUGCAUCAUUUUUGCACAACCUUGCGAAGCGAAACACUUGGCGAAACCCAUCCCACAUUUUCCUACAAGAAGAAUGAUGAAGGUCUGACACAAUCAACGGUCUAUCUGCCGAGCGGCAUCGACCGUUCUCUACGGAUAGUAGAUGGUCACCAUUGGUGGGGAACAAAGCAGUCCGCCCGACAAGAUGCCGCCUUUCAGGCUAUGCGUGUCUUGCAUGGUCAAGAUCUCAUAGAUGACCAUCUUCUUCCUUUAUUUUCGAACAAUCCAUCGACUAGUGAGAUCCAGGAAACAGCUAUUCUGGCAGAGCUCCCCCAAGUGGAAAAUCUGAUCAACUUUUGGAGAGGCAUCCCGGGGCUUUGGACAGAAAGAAUGCUGUACAAGUGCCGCAUCAAUUUCGCCGCGAACGGGAAAGACCGACCGGAACUUACAAUGGCGCUUUUUACGCCUGUCAAGCUGCCGGUGAAGGAAGAUCUAGAUCUUUAUUGGGAUGAUCAAACCACAAUCACUGUUACCUUGCACCCUUUCAAUAUCGAAACUGCAGUUUCACCGUUCUCCAGAUGCCUCAUGCGGGAGAUAACGACCCUACUCUUCCAAUCGACGCACGCAAGUUCUGCACGAGAACAGUAUCCAGACUUUUUGCCCUUUUUUACCCCAGACCUUCCUUUGCAAGAUUUAGAAGAAUGGCUCAGUGUCAACCAAGGAUCCAUCGCUAUCCGUGGGGGCCGAAAUAAAAUACCGGUUCUUGCGCCAUCAGGUUUUAUCCGCAGCCCUAGCCUUCAUUUUACUCCCCAUGUUUUUGUGAGAUGGAUUCGGAGGCCAGAUCCUGAGGGGCUUCUUAUUGAAUGCCGAAGAUUUGGAAAGAGGAAAAAUCUGCUUGAGCGAGGUUCAUUAUCUCACAGAACCCCACGCGACUCCGAGUCGUUCAAUACAAUCCGUGUAGCGGCCACGGAAUGCACACUUGAUUUCCUGCCUUGGGAGCUGAGUCUGGCCAGCCUCGCAAUCCCGCCAAUCAUACAGCUUCUGCAUCAACACCUGAUGGCAAGUGAAAUACAAGUCAAGAUGUUCAAAGAUCUGCCUAUGAUCGGCUCCAGCUAUCUCAAAGACGCAAUCACAGCUCCUUCUUCUCAAUGGCCCAGCAAUUACCAGCGGCUGGAAUUUUGGGGUGACUCUAUCCUUAAAUGUGUGGUCGCUGUACAUGCCUUUUCUCAAUAUCCUUUGUGGCACGAAGGUUAUCUGUCAAGCUUUAAGGACCAACUCGUCUCGAAUGAGAGGCUAACGUGCGCAGCCGCAAGUGCUCAUCUAGAAAGGUUUAUCUGUACUGAAUUUAUCACACAAAAGCAUCCUAUAUUUUCACCAAUCUUGAAUCAAUAUCAAAAUAGAACACUUCCUAGGAAGGUUUUCGCGGACGUGGUCGAAGCGCUCACCGCAGCUGCCUACGAAUGUGGUGGAAUAUCGCUCUCCCAGCAGCUUCUUGGCAUAUUUCUCCCGGAACUUUCCAACAUCUCAACCGAGUCAGAAUGCACACAAACAGAAGACCACACCUUUCCGAUCCACUUAGAAGAGAAGAUUGACCUGUUGCUUGCCUUCAAGUUCCAAAACCGGGCUCUGAUUUGGGAAGCACUCACACACCCAUCAUGGCAAAGAGACAACACAACUGGGUCUUAUCAGCGGCUUGAGUUUCUGGGAGAUGCCGUUCUUGACUUUCUUGUUUCAAAGAACCUGUACAAUCGGCACCCCAAACUUGCGGAAGGUCAAAUGACGGAGCUUCGAGCUGCCACGGUCAAUGCCGACUUCUUAGCCUUCCUUUGCAUGGAGCUCACCUUGACCGAGCCACACUGUUCGAAGCCAAGUUCGAUACUGGAUGAUUUCGAAACGAGCAUUCUGUCGAAAAAUACUUCUUUGUGGAUGUUCAUGCGUCACGAUGCUCCAGAAAUCAUCAAAUCUCAGGCUUCAUGCAGCGAGCGGUAUCGAAUACUCCGUGAUAAGAUCAAGCGGAAUCUAAACAAUGAUGUUUCGUAUCCCUGGGCCACGCUCGCUCAAUUGGCACCACCCAAGUUCUACUCCGAUAUUAUCGAGAGCACCAUCGGAGCAAUCUUUAUAGAUACCGGAGGCUGUAUAGAUGCAUCCCUCACCCAAACCCAACGAAACUUCACUGUCGGUUGCAUGGGCCUCAUUUAA